AUGGAGGGAGAUCCCACCCUGUGCCUCCGUGUCUUUGACCUCAACUGCUGGGCUAUCCGCUACCUGAGCAAGCGGCGGCAGGAGCGUGUUCGGCUCAUCGGGGACAUGCUGCGCCGGGAGAGCUUUGACCUGGUGCUUCUCCAGGAGGUGUGGAGUGAGCAGGACUACAGCGACUUGAAGGCGAAACUAAGAGGCUGUUACCCCUUCUCCCAUUACUUCCGCAGCGGUGUGAUUGGCAGUGGCCUCUGCGUCUUCUCCAGGUUCCCCAUCCUGGACACUCUCCUCUACCAGUACUCACUGAACGGGUACCCCUACAUGCUCCAGCAUGGGGACUGGUUCUGUGGCAAGUCUGUUGGCCUCAUCAUCAUUAAGAUCUCAGGGAUCGUCUUCAACGUCUAUGUCACUCACCUGCAUGCCGAGUACUGCCGGGAGAAGGAUGCCUACCUGCCCCACCGCCUGGUGCAGGCCUGGGAGCUCGCACAGUUCAUCCGGCACACCUCGAAGGCAGCUGACGUGGUGCUGCUGGGAGGGGAUCUGAACAUGCACCCUGAAGAUGUAGGCAUACGGCUGCUGUGUGGCUGGACGGGGCUGCGGGAUGCCUUCAGUGAGGCCAUCCGCUUUGAGGGCUGUGAGGAUGGCUGCACCCUCGUCCCCAGCAACUGCUUCACUGACAAAUCAGAGCUGCUACCCUUCCCGCUGGGCAUCCGCAUUGACUACAUCCUCUACAAGGCCAUUUCCACCUUCACGGUGAAGUGUGAAGAGCUGAAGACCACGGCAGCCCCAGGCCUGGACAUCCCCUUCUCGGACCAUGAAGCUGUGAUGGCAACACUGCACAUCCAGAGGCAGGGACAGGCUGCAAGUGCCACCUUUGGCACAACGG